ACGAAGUAAACCAACGCCACCUAGGAAGGUGGCGUUGAGUAAACACGUGUUGGUGUUGAUAUUCAGUAAACACGAACGUUCAAAUGAAAUUAAAAUGUCCAGACCACCGCCCGAUCCUAUAUUUACUCUGAGACAUCAUACUGGUGAAGUUACGAGUCUUAGUUUCGUCGACGAAUUAUCUGAUUAUCCUCAUCUUUUAUCGGGUAGCACAACUGGUGAAGUUUUCCUUUGGAAUUUGGAGACCUACAGAGUCGACAAUAAAUUGGAAGCACACGAAAAUAAACACAUUCUGUGGGUCGAAUCUCUUGAAAAUAAUAUUUUCACGCAAGGGCGAGACGGUUUAGUGAACAUCUGGAACUACGACGACAACGAAAAAUGGAAAAUUAGUAGAAGUAUUCCAGCACCAACAGCUGGAUUUUGUCAGUGUGAUAUUUCAAAAUUAAAGAAUUUGAUUGCUGUACCAGGUGAGAAAGCUUGCCAAAUAGAUUUGUACGAUCUUGAAAAAUGUAGUUUGGUAUCAACACUCAUACCAGAAUCACCAGAUAAAUAUGGAAUGUGCAUUUGUGUAAAAUGGUUAAAGACAGAAAACUAUAUUCUCUGUGGUUACGAAAAUGGAAAAAUUAUCCUUUGGGAUGUAACUCAAGCAGCAGUAGUAUCAGAGUUAAUGUGUCACAAGGAACCAGUAUUUGGAUUAGAUUUUGAUGAUUCUGUGAAGUGGGAAGGAAUUACCUGUUCGGCAGAAGAAAAGCUUUGUGUAUUUUCUAUGAAAAAUUUUUCGAGUCUGGUAGAAAAGAACUGCAUUGUUUUGCCAGUGACAGGUGCAUCUUCUGUUGCAGUGAGACAAGAUGGUAAAAUUGUGGCAUCUGGAGGUUGGGAUGGAAUUAUUCGCCUGUUUAGCUGGAAAACACUGAAACCGCUUGCAUAUCUAAAUUUUCACAAAUCAGCUAUAAACAGUUUGAAAUUUUAUGAUGGUAAAUCAGAAAAUCAUGCAAAACUAUUAGCUGCCGGUUCAAAAGACAAAAGGAUAACACUCUGGUCCAUAUAUAGAGAUAAAUGACAGUUUAUUAUUUCUUUGUACAUGAAAUUUCAAUAUAAACAAAUUGCUUGGACACGUGUAUCUUGGAAAAAUAUUUUGUUUUCACAAAAUAUCGUGUUGCGAUCUUUUAAUAAUAAAACUCAAAAA